GAGUGGUCCCGCGCGGUGCAUCGCACGCUCCUGUGCUCAGGUGACGGCUCGGCGAUAACAAACGCAAACCGAUCGGUGGACCCCACUGUCAGGCGUCUCUCGCACCUCCUGCAGUGGCUCAGAGUGAAUUUCUGAAACUUUUUUUUCUUCUUCUUCUUCUUUUUGAAGUUUUAAUUUUUCCAGCGCUUCCAAAAAAAAAAGGGAUUUACUUCUUUACGCCUCCCCCCUGGUUUGAGCAACAAUGCCCGCUGACACUAUGGAAAAGCAGACGGCAUCCCCUAUUGCCGGUGCCCCUGCAAACGGAUCGCACACACCGGACAAACCCAAAAACGCCAGCGAGCACAGAAAAUCAUCCAAACCGAUCAUGGAAAAACGCCGGAGAGCAAGAAUUAACGAAAGCCUUGGGCAGCUCAAGACACUCAUCCUGGACGCACUUAAAAAAGAUAGCUCCAGACACUCCAAGCUGGAAAAGGCAGACAUCUUAGAGAUGACAGUGAAGCACUUGAGGAACCUGCAGCGCGUACAGAUGAGCGCGCUCGCUGCAGAUGCCACCGUCCUGAGUAAAUACAGAGCCGGAUUCAACGAGUGCAUGAACGAGGUCACCCGCUUCCUGUCCACCUCAGAGGGGGUGAACGCGGAGGUGAGGUCGAGGCUCCUCAACCACCUGUCCAGCUGCAUGAGCCAGAUGAUGUCCCUGAACUACCCGCAGCAGGCCCCGUCCCAGCAGGCGCACCUGGCUCAGCCUCUCCACGUGCAGCUCCCCUCCACGCUGCCCAUCAGCGGCGCUGCCAUGGGCUCCAAACUCAGCCCCGCCGAAGCCGUCUCCCCCAAGGUCUUCGGUGGCUUUCAGCUGGUGCCCGCCACCGAUGGACAGUUCGCCUUUUUGAUCCCUAACCCGGCCUUCGCCUCCGCCACCGCCCCCGUCAUCCCCCUCUACGGCAACGCAGGGGUGCCCGUCGCGGUUAACGCCAGCCCGGUGCACGGCAGCUCGGCACCGACUGCAGCGUCGCCGGUUCACGGGAUGACGUCCUUCUCCGGGGGUUCGCAGGCGGUCAGCCCGGUCGGGGUCGGCGCCGGCUCGGAGAGCAGCGAGCCCGUGUGGCGGCCUUGGUAGUUGAAGGGACGAGAGGCUCGCCUGAAAGCAGUCUGCAUUACUUUUCCAGUUUAGACAUUUGACUGGCUGCACGCACAGCUGUUGCGGGGGUUGAAUCUCUGACUUUUCCGCCAUGGAAUGGUAACUCUAACCACUUAAUACACCCUCCCCCCCAGUAGUUCUCGUUGUUUCGUUUUAUGGAACAGGGGUGGCCGUAUAUAGCACAUAUUUUUUUAUAAUUUAUUGUCUGAUUCCAACAUUUGGAUGUCGGUGAUAAACGUGCUGUACAUGCAGAAGAAUUAUAGGAAAUUUUUGUUAUGAAGUACUUUUUAUGAAAAGGUUUUAGUUUUGUACAGAGUUGUUAUGGAUUGUUAUACCAAAGCCGUGUUUUAUAUUCUCUGUUGUUUUGUGUUGGAAAGAAGAACUGAAGUUGGGUGACGGCCCAUUGUUUUAAUAAAUUACUUUUCAGAAACGAAUGUCUUGUCCGCAGCCUCUUUCUAUCACGCCCUUGGUGCUUUGUUGUACUUUAAGAGAAUAAAGGGUCACUCUGUCGUCUUCGGGGCCGCGCAGAAAAAGUUACUUUUCGUGUCUAAAAGUCACAUCGAUGAAUCGAUGAUAAGUUUGGGAGCAGAACUCUUAAACAGACUCACAGCGGCUUGAGCCAAAGCAAGAAAACGAAGCCCCAUCCCAUCGAUCAUGUUCCUAAUCUGAACUCCAGUAUCAAUUCAUCUACUAAAUUCUAAGUGGCCAC